AUGAUCACCUCAAGCCUUAUCGUUAUCGCACUGGCUAGUCUUGCCGUUGCGCAAGACACUUUGACAGAACAUGUGGCAUUCAGUAGCUAUGACAAUUACUUGUAUAGGGAUAAUACUACGGCUUCCCAGCUUCUAUUUACGCAAUCCAAUGCUACCUCCACAAGGCCUCGGUUUAUCGCCGCUUUCCCAGCCGGAAACAGUGGUGCUAUGGUCUACUUCAAAGCUGCCUCAGGCAACAGCUCCUCUUUGACAAUUUCGUUAGUUGACGGAAGCCUAAAGUCUGUCAGCAACCCUUACAACCAGACAGGUAUUUCAGGACAAUGGCAACUUAGCCAAAACGCUGAACUGGACCUGGCGGUGCUAGGCUCUGUUAGAGCCCUCAGGGACUACGUAGAAGGAGGCGGUCUUCUUCACUCUGAUAUGAAUUAUACAGUUCAACAACUUGACACGAACUCUGUGACUCUCUACCGUGAAUUUUUUGAUGAUAGUAUCGCUAUGAAUUUCACCAUGUCAACCGGCAGUGCCAUUCAACAUAAUGGAACCCAUAACAUCAGCUUCCCAGCUGGUACUUAUGACUUUACUGUCACUCUCAAUGAGACCUCACUUCAAGGCAUCCCACCGCAAACAUUGAUCAAUCAAUCAAAUCAGACCAUCAUCACAAACUCUUCCACUGCUGAUUCUGUAAAAUCAGUUUCUUUCCUUUCUUAUUCCGAGAAAAUGCUGGCUGGUGGAUGGAGAUUCUUAACUUACUUUGGUCGGGAUACUUUAAUUUCGCUCCGUAUCCUUAUGCCGAUACUAUCGUCUGAUGCAGUUGAAGCAGCACUUGGAGCAGUGAUUGAAAGAACGAAUGCAACAGAUGGUGAACUGUGCCAUGAAGAGACCAUAGGUGACUAUGCAUCUUGGAUCAAUAUGCAGAACAACCAAUCAGAGCUUGGUAGUCAGCCUUUCUACGAUUACAAAAUGAUAGACACCAAUUUUGAGCUUCUCCCAGCCUUGGCCCAUUACUUUCUUGAUCUUCCUUCUGGCAGUGGCAGAACGACUUCGUUCCUGGCCAAAAAAGCUGUCCUUGCAAACAACAUGACCUAUCAACAACUUCUUCAAAAAAAUGUUGAGCUUGUCAUGACACAAUCGGCUGCAUUUGCACAUGAACCUAGCGCCAAAAAUCUAAUUCACCUCAAAGACGGUGUUCCCGUUGGAAAUUGGCGUGAUUCUAACCAAGGAAUUGGUUAUGGAACAAUCCCGUUUGACGUCAACACAGCUUUAGUACCUGGUUGUUUACGUGCUAUCCAGCGACUAGCCAAAGCACAUAUUCUACAUCCAUCGCUUUCAAAUGAUGCUUCCAAGUAUGCCGCAGUGUGGGAGUCACAUGCACUUCCCUUGUUCCAAGUACCACUGAAUUCCUCUUAUGCGCAAACUGCUCUUUCAGAAUACACUACCUACGCUAAUCUUUCGUCAAGCAUAUACUCGACAAAUGGGUCGGCUACUCCUCCUACAGAGAUAUAUGCUUUGUCCUUGAUGGAUGACGAUAAACCUGUGGAAAUUAUGAAUUCCGACCUUUCUUUCAACCUAAUGUAUAACGAUAAUGUCUCGACAGACUUGAUGGAAUACACUGUAAAUGCACUGAGACCCUUUCCUGAAGGCUUAUUGACUAACGUUGGCAUGCUCAUAGCCAAUCCAGCGUACGACUCCAACCGCACCAAUUGGGAGGUAUUUACUCGAGCUGCAUACCACGGAACUUGUGUCUGGGGAUUUCAACAAAGCAUGGUGGUGGCUGGGUUGGCAAGGCAAUUAGACCUCUGUAACAAUACUUCUUCUCUGGCUACUAAACAGGCUCCAUCUUGGUGUUCCAAUUCUACGUUGAUAGCAAAUCUAAAAACUGCACAAUGUAAUCUCUGGGAUGUUAUCCUUGGCAAUCCCGAUGUUGAAUUUGCUGAAACUUGGACUUGGACUUUCGAUAACAGUACUCAAUCUUUUGUCGUUACAAGCCCUGCUGAACUUACACCAGACUCAACCGAAGCUGAUGCCAUUCAGCUAUGGUCUUUCACCUUGUUGGCUCUAGACAAGCCGGCGUACUGCACCUAA